AGAGUAUCAUCUCUCCGACACUCACACACUCCAUCUAUUUGAUUCGACAGCUUCUACGAAGAUAUCUUAUCAAUCAAAAGAGCUCUCGUGGAUCAUCAGAAACUUGCUCAAACGAUGAGUGUAGUGUCGAAUCAUCACUCGAACGGAAACGGCAACUCAACAGUCUACGAUACGAACGGAAACGAUGAAAUCAAAAAAGAGGUGAAAGAUGAGCCAAUGGCAUCAGACAGUGAAGUUCCAUUCGGUGAACUGAUGAAAAGAGAUAAAAAAGAAAAGAAACAAAAGAAGAGGAAAGCUGAAAGUGGAUCAGAUGAGGAUGAUUAUAAGCCCGAGAAGAGAAAGUCUUCGGCGAAAAAUGGGAAAAAGAAGGAUGUUGGAAGUGAUUCUGAGGAUGAUUAUAAGCCUGAAAAGAAGAAAAGCAAGAAAAAUAAUAAGAAAAAAGCUCAGGAGAGUAGUGAGGAUGAUGAUGAAGAAUCAGAAGGAGAUGUUAGUGAAGAGGAUGUUAAGCCACAGAUCCAUUCCGACGAUGAACUAGAAGAAGAAGACGAAGCUCCGACGACAGAUGAUGAAGAGGAACAGAAGAGAAAGGAGAAAGAGCGUAGAAAAAAGGAAAAAAGGGAGAAAAAAGAGCGAAAAGAGAAGAAACGACUGGAGAAGGAGAAUCGGAAGAUUAAGGAAGAGGACGACGAGGAUUCGGAUGAUGAAGAUGAUGAAAAGGCGAAGAAAAAGAAACGAAAGUCAAAAGGAGCUGAAAAGAGCAAGCCAAGUACAUCAAAGAAAGACGCCGGCGGCAAAAAAGAGCCACCAAAGAAGAAAGUGAAGAAAGAGGAGGAUAUAGAAGAUAUAUGGGAAUGGUGGAAAGAGGAAAAGAAGCCUGCAGGUGUUAAAUGGAAUUCCCUUCAACACUGUGGACCACUAUUCGCUCCACCAUACAUUCCACUUCCAUCUCAUGUUCAUUUCAAAUAUGGUGGAGAGAAGAUGAAGCUGACUCUUGAAACGGAAGAAAUUGCUCAAUUUUAUGCUGGUGUACUGGAUCACGAGUAUUCGACAAAAGAGGCUUUCAACAAGAAUUUUAUGAAAGAUUGGAGAAAAGUGAUGACUGUCGAGGAACGUGAACGUAUACAUGAUCUGAAAAAGUGCGAUUUUCGAGCUAUCGAUGCUUAUCAAAAAGAGCAACGGGAAAUUCGCAAAGCGAUGACUAAAGAGGAAAAGUUGAAGAUUAAAGAGGAGAAGGAAGCGGAAGUGAAGAUUUAUGGAAUUGCAAUAAUUGAUGGUCAUCGGCAAAAGGUUGCAAAUUUCCGAAUUGAACCUCCAGGAGUGUUCCGUGGAAGAGGUGGACAUCCGAAGAUGGGUCUUAUCAAGAAGCGUAUCAUGCCAGAGGAUGUCAUCAUAAAUUGCGGAAAAGACACUGAAAUUCCAAAACCACCACCUGGGCACAAAUGGAAAGAAGUGAGACAUGACAAUACUGUUACGUGGCUGUGCUCUUGGACUGAAAGUGUGCUCGGACAGAAUAAGUACAUUAUGCUUAAUCCAUCUUCAAAGAUUAAAGGAGAAAAGGACUUUGAAAAGUACGAAACAGCGCGGCGACUUAAAAAGAAGAUUGGUGGAAUUCGUGAGCGGUAUACUGACGAUUUUAAGUCGAAGGAGAUGAGAGUUCGACAACGUGCUACGGCUUUGUAUUUUAUUGAUAAGUUGGCUCUUCGUGCUGGAAAUGAGAAGGAUGUAGAUGAAGCUGCUGAUACUGUUGGUUGUUGCUCACUUCGUGUUGAGCACAUUAAGCUCUUCGAUUCGGCGAAACUGAAUGAAGAUGAUAAGAAGGAAAAGGAGUUUGUUGUGGAAUUCGAUUUUCUUGGAAAGGAUUCGAUUCGUUAUUUCAAUCGAGUUUCUGUUGAGAAGCGAGUCUACAAGAAUUUGAAGAUAUUCAUGGAGGGAAAAGCUCCGAGUGAUGAUCUUUUCGAUCGUCUCGACACUGCAACACUCAAUGAUCAUUUGAGAAGUUUGAUGGAUGGUUUGACGGUAAAAGUGUUCCGUACCUAUAAUGCUUCGAUCACACUUCAAGAGCAACUGAUAAAGCUGACGAAUCCCAAGGACAAUGUGGCGGCAAAAAUUCUGUCAUACAAUCGUGCUAAUCGGCAGGUUGCGAUCCUUUGUAACCAUCAACGUGCCGUUUCGAAGGGAUUCGAUGAGUCGAUGCAAAAGUUGGAGCAAAAGAUCAAGGACAAAAAGAAGGAGGUGAAGGAAGCCGAAGCCGCGCUGAAGUCUGCUCGCGGAGCAGAAAAGGAGAAGGCCCAGAAGAAGUACGACAGACUGAAGGAGCAGUUGAAAAAGUUGAAAAUCUCAAGAACUGAUAAGGAUGAGAACAAACAGAUCGCGUUGGGUACUUCGAAACUCAAUUAUAUUGAUCCUCGGAUCACUGUCGCCUGGUGCAAGAAGUUUGAGGUUCCGUUGGAGAAGGUCUUCACCAAAACUCACCGUGAGAAAUUCCGUUGGGCCAUCGACAUGACAAACUCGUCGGAUGAGGAAUACGUCUUCUAGAAGUCAAUUUAGUCGUUUUUUUUCUUUUUUCUGCACUUUUUUCCUUAAUUUCUGAUCCAUUUUCUCUUUCUUUUUUUGUUUUUUCUCGGACUCUCGACUGUGAUUGUUACACACACCUUUGUUAAUCAUUUCGUUUAUUUUUUUUUUUUCUUUUUUUUUCUGAAAAAUCUUUAACCUUCACCAACAAACCCAACAAAAAAAAUCAAAUUUUCUAUUCCAAUUAUUCAUCACUAAUAAUUUAUUAUUCCUCUUAUUUCUCCAUUUCAAUCAAAUAUCUCUAAAUAUCUUGAAAUUUCCAAGUUUCUAUAGUUAUUUGCUCUUCAUGUCUAACGUUUUCUUUCUCCCCACUCUUCUAGUACAUGUAAUCCAUUCUAUCAUCUCAAAAAAAAAGAAUCCUAAGAUUUUUUUAGAAUUACCUUCUUAUUUUGCUCCAAUUGCUCUAAAAUAUCGUGUGUAGCCUCCUUUUGGGUAUGUUCAGACUGGAAAUUAGCUAUUUUCAGCCUUAAAAUGCCCCAAUUUCGUCUUUUUUUCUUCAUUACCCACAUGAUUAGUCCCAAGAAUUCUCGUCCCUCUUUCUCUCGCUUUCUUGUUUUUUUCUGUUUUAUUUAAAAAUCGCAUACACAUCGACUGAUUCAAGAAUUUAAUUUUGAUUUCAUGAAAAUUAUGAUAAUAAACGUUGCAUUUUCAG